GGAGGGCGGGGCCGGGGGCGGCGGCGGCGGCGGCGGCGGGGCCUGGCCGGGCCCUCCCCGUCCCCGCGGCGGCGGCGGCGGGGCCAUGGCGGAGCUGAAAGACCGCCUCGAGGCGGUGGAGCGGCGGCUGGAGCGGGCGGAGGCGGCGCUGCGGGACGGGCCGCCUUGGGCGCUGCGGCUGCCCGCGGUGCUGGUGACGUUCGAGGACGUGGCGGUGCGCUUCAGCCGGCAGGAGUGGGCGAGCCUGGACGACGGGCAGAAGGAGCUCUACAGGACCGUGAUGGAGGGCAACUACGAGACGCUGGUGUCCUUGUAUUGUGCCCUGUCCAAGCCUGAACUCUUAUCUCAGAUUGAACGAGAAGAGCUGCGCACACCACCGCUGGAGCCAGACCUGGAAGGUGCCGGCAUGUCCCCGGUGCCGCCUGUAGAGCUGGACCGCCCGAGCGAUGAUGGUCUGCUGGAGACGAAGGCAGGGGACCCUUGCGGUGGGAACUCUAAGGACCAGGAGGAAAGCAGGAGCCUGGCGGUCGCGGCGAACUGCAGUGCACCACAUGCCCCGCACGAAGCCACCGCUGUCCCGGCAGAUCUCAGCCAGCCGACCCCGUCUCCUUCCUGCCCUCUCUCCACGUGGUGCUGUGAAGCGGUGAAUCCAAACCGCUCUCUGCUGCCUCCCCACGCAGCAGGUACUGGGAUGGAGCCCUUCCUCCCUCCUCGGCGGGGCUGGCAGCCUCGAGCAGAUGCCGAGGUGGGGAUCCCAACGGAGGUGCCGCAGGAGGGGGUCGCCGCGGAGAAGCCGGCGGUGCCUGAAACACCCUCGAAGGGUGUGGAAGUGGAGGAGGAUGUGAAAGAUUCAGGGAGUGGCGGCCAGGGUGCGGUGGCUGAUGUUCCCAAAGAGCUGAGCAAGGCGGCGAUGCUGGAUGUCUGCAGAGCUACGGCAGAGGCGGACCCCAGCUGUGCCGUCGCCUCCCCGGGAGAGCCCGUGGAGGGCUCCUGCAUGGGCCGCACGGCGGCCUGCCAGCGAAACUCCACCCGGGAGAAAUUCUACUCCUGCCCCAUAUGCAGGAAAAACUUUCUGCUGAAGAUCAACCUCGUCAUCCACCAGCGGAGCCACAGCAACUGGGUGCCCUACAUCUGCGCGCACUGCGACCGGAGCUUCAUGUCCAAGAAGAAGAUCCGACGUCACCUGCGGUUCCGGGAGUCCAAGGGGUUCUGCCAGCCCUCGGAGGCAGAGGAGUGCUCCAGCCGGGCGCCGUGCCCUGCCUCCCAGCCCCGAGCCCCCAGUGCCGUGUGGGAGAAGCCCAGCCCCACCAGAUACCCGCUGUCGCCUGGCAAAAUGAUGUACACGUGCAAUGAGUGCAUGGAGAACUUCUCCAGCCAGAGCUUUCUGAUCCUGCACCAGCGCCGGCACACUAACCACCACCUCAUCCUCUGUCCCUGCUGCAACCGGACCUUCACCUGGGCCUCGGAUUUUGUCCGCCACCACCAGAUCCACACGGGCGAGCGGCCCUACCAGUGCGGCGUCUGCCAGAAGACUUUCAAGCGUCAUUACCACCUCAGCGUGCACCAGAGGAUCCACGGGCGGCAGGAGAGGCCCUUCCCCUGCGGCAACCAGCUCCCCGUGCCGGCGGCACCCGUCUAAGUGCGGACAGGGGCUGCGGGAAGCGUGGCAGGAAGGCGGGAGGUGUCUCCGCCGGGAUGAGGGGACGUUGUGGGAUUUCCUCCUCUCGCCCUCCGUGCCCACGGGUCGGAGGAGAGCUGGAGCGUGGGCAGCGUCGCCCAGCUCCUCCUGCCCCACCGUGGGGCCGGGGGGUGCCCAGCCCUGCCGGGGGGCACGUCGGGUGGCUCCCCAACGCCGGCCGGGCGCGGGGGCUGCCGCGAGGGAGAGACCUGGCCCUGUCCUGCAGGGCGCCAAUAGAUGCUGUAGCAAUCA